AUGAUUGAUGAUUAUUUGCAGAUUGAAAAAAAUUUGAGAGAUGCCCCGAGACCAACCAGGCUGGUUACAACGCAACUGCUUAUAUCUGCGGUGGCUGGAUUUUUGAUAUUCACAGCGUUCUGUGUCUUGAGAUGCCGGUUCCCCAAUAUAUACAUGGCUCGAAUGAACUACCUAAGCGUGUCGAAUCGCAAAUUUAUGCCUCCCGUGCUCUCCACCAAGUCACUAUUUGGCUGGCUGGGUACUGUCUGGCGUAUAACGGAGGCAGAUGUUCUAGAAUAUGCCGGACUUGAUGCUUUUGUGUUUCUCAGGUUCUUCAAGAUGGGCAUAAAACUUUUGUCUGUGUGCUGGCUCUUUUCGGUUUUAGUCAUCUCUCCGAUUCGCUACUACUUCACGGGAGACUACGAUCAAGGUGACGGCGAUGAUAGCUCGGUCCCCAAGGAUCCCUCCGAGGCAACAGAUUAUCAUACAUAUCUGUGGGUUUAUGUCAUUUUUACUUACGUCUUUACCUUCAUCACGGAGCAUUUCCUCAUGCAGCAGACCCGCAAGGUUAUUCAGUACCGACAAAGUAUUCUUGGCAACCAAAAUUCCAUUACGGAUAGGACCAUCCGAUUGAGUGGAAUUCCUCCCGAGCUUCGAAAUGAGCGCGCGCUUCGAGACAGCAUCGAGUCCUUGGGCAUUGGUAAGGUUGCCAAAAUCGUCAUCUGCAGGGAAUGGAAGAAGCUGGACUUGUUGUUCAGGCAGAGGAACCGCAUAAUUCGAAAAUUAGAGAUCUACUGGGCCAGGUAUAUCGGCACUGCAAAAAACCCAACCUUUAACAUUCGGCCGUUUGUUGAAAGCUCCUAUCCUUUGACACCCGAAACUCCAAGAUACCGGGAUGAAGAAGAAGGGUCGGAUAGCACACAUAUGGGGACAGCAUCCGAUGCAGAUACUUCAGACUACGAGUUUGGCUCCAACUCUGUUGUCGAAUACCAAGGUUCUCCAACUGAUAUCAAUCCUUUCGGAACGAGUUUUGGGUCUGCAGUGUACAAGAAGAGACCUCAAAUAAAACUGGGUUUUUUGGGGCUCUGGGGCAAGUCGGUGGAUGCAAUUGACUAUUAUACCCAGCAAUUGAACGUGAUUGAUGAAGAGAUUGUUGUCGCUCGUCAGAGACACUAUCCUGCCACUCCCACAGCGUUCAUUACCAUGGACUCGGUCGCCACAGCACAGAUGGUGGCACAAGCGGUUUUAGACCCUCGAGUCAGUUUCUUGAUCACCCGCACUGCUCCUGCCCCCAAGGAUAUUAUUUGGGAGAACGUGACUUUGCCACGCAAAGACAGAGUCUUGAAAAUAUACUAUAUCACCAUAUUGACUGGUAUCAUGGGAGUUGCGUUCAUUUUCCCUGUCGGUUAUCUGGCCACUUUGCUCAACUUGAAGACAAUCAGUAAGUUUUGGCCAGAUUUAGGAGAACUUCUUGAGAAACACGAAUGGGCACAGAAGUUUGUCACUGAACUGCUUCCUGUGUAUCUGUUCACCUUGCUGAAUUUUGUGAUCCCAUACCUAUACGUUUGGUUGUCUUCCAGACAAGGGUUUGUGUCUCACGGAGAAGAAGAGCUAUCGGUGGUGUCCAAGAACUUUUUUUACGUUUUUGUGAACUUGUUCCUGGUCUUCACGAUGGCCGGUACCGCUUCGAAUUACUGGGGUUAUUUAAGCGAUUCCAAGAAACUUGCCCUGCAACUAGCUACCUCUUUGAGAGGAUUGUCAUCUUUUUACGUGGAUACCAUAUUGCUUCAAGGGUUGGCUCUCAUGCCUCUUAAAUUGCUGAUCACAGGCCAUGUGUUGCGUUUCAUGUUCAUAAGGGCAAGCUGCAAGACACCAAGAGAUUUCAAAGAGCUGUACAGGCCGCCUGUUUUCAACUUCGGCUUGCAUCUACCACAUCCCAUUCUCAUCUUGAUUAUCACACUGCUCUAUAGUGUGAUGUCCACCAAAAUACUGUCAUCGGGACUUGCAUACUUCAUAAUUGGUUAUUUCGUGUACAAGUACCUGCUUAUCUACGCAUGUAUCCAUCCGCAGCACUCCACAGGUCAAGUGAUGCCAAUUAUAUUUCGUCGCAUUGUUCUAGGUCUACUUCUCUUUCAAUUGACAGUGGCAGGCUCUUUGGCUCUGAACAAUGCUUACAUCUUGGCGAUGUUCCUCAUCCCAUUACCCUUCCUCACGAUCUUUUAUCUGUGGAAUUUUGAACGCAACUAUCUGCCGCUGAGCUUUUUCAUUGCUUUGCGUGCUAUCAACAAGGAUACGCAAGCAGAGACAGACCCGCAGAGCCCAACUGGCGUAAGAGUAAAUCACGCUCUGACAAACGGAGUGAGUUUCUCGUCUUUGAGAUCCAGCACCAUCGACGAGCGCAGAGAGUAUAAUCAGACUUACGAGUAUCCGUAUUUGGUGCAAAGUUUAGAUGGCCCAUGGUUGGCAGUCGAUGCCGAGCAGGUAGUGAUGGCUACAAAGGACGGCACAGUGCGGAAGCGGUUUACAUUCGAGGAAUUUUAG